CGGUAAACAAGUGUUUAUUGAACGCGCUUUUGCCCUGUACAUAUACUUUACAACAAAAAAUUUAGUAUUUUGUUAGUGACAAGUUAUAGAAGUGUAAUUGAUAAUUAGUUGGACUUAAGUUGUAGUGUAUAAGAGCGUUAUCGAAAGCAAGUGCUUAUAGUGUGCUUGUGUAACAUGCUAGUAUGGCUUCAUCGCAGCUCCAAAUCCGCCCGCCAAUGGGUCUCCUGACAACGGUGGCAGAUUUGCCACCAAGCUACAAGGCGAGAUACAUAAGCGCUACCAUCAAACUCACCCCCGAGUCGCCACUCGAUUUAACCGUAAAGCAAAGCUUUGGAGGAGCAAUUACACCGCCACUGACGCCAUCGCCGCUGAAGAAGCGUUAUCGCGAGGAAAAUGACGAAAACCACGAUGGCAAUCGCGUCAAGCAGAUUAAGGUCGAAAUUGAAGAGCAGGACAAAAGGGAAACUACACCAGUGAAACCGGUUAAAUCGGCCGUGGCUUCUAGAAAUUCGAAGAAUCCCCCACCGGUCGCCCCAGUGUUGAAAGAGAGACGCACCAAAGCAGCAAGAAAGCUUAAAUUUGACGAAGAGACUACAUCACCCGUUUCGGGUACAAUAAUUAUAUCGCUGGAGGAGGUUAUCAACAGUGAAAUUCCCCGCGAAUCUGGUGAUAUUGAUCCUCAAUUUAAUCUGGUAGAAAUAUCGGACGAAGUUCGAGCUGAGCUAGCAACUAUUCCCAACGUAAUUGGUGCCUAUAAUUGUAAACUAUGUCGCCUUGAGUUUGAGGAUGCUUUUGGCCUCGCCCAGCAUCGGUGUGCAUGUAUUGUUCUUCUAGAAUACCGUUGUCCCGAGUGUAGCAAACGUUUCAACUGUCCAGCAAAUCUUGCGUCACAUCGUCGGUGGCACAAACCACGUGAUCAAGUUGCUAAAAAAGGAGAUACUGGUAAGACUGGUGAGGAUCCUGAGUGUAAAUACCGAUGUGAACAAUGCAACAAAACGUUCAAACGCCCCGCCUAUUUAAAGAAGCAUCAGUUAACGCAUGAAAAAGCUAAAAACAAAUCGAAACAUAUUCAAUCAAGUGCCGAAAGCGAACAUAACGCAACAAACAGCAACGUCUCUGGUGAACGUAGCAGUGGCGAAGAGUCGAACAAUUCUGCUGACAGUCGCAAUACUGUUUAUGUUAAUCAUAUGUCCGAAGCACCACAAACCAUGUUCACGGUAGUAGCUAGUGAGCCUCCACUUCAACAUGAUCUGAUGCACCAUAACUACCACGCCAACUCCAGAACAUCGCAGCAUUCGUCGACAACAGAAUAUAGCGAAAUGGAUGAAGAUGAUGAUUACGAGGAGCGGGCCUUAGUGAUCAAUGAAGACUACCAGGACGAAAUGGAGGAAAUUCGGUCAGCUUACUGUGACCGUUUCACCGAGGAAGAAAACAUAGCAGCUGCUGCGUUGGCUCAUCUACGCAAUGGACCAUCGGUAAUACGGCAUACCACCGCUUUGGUUGUCUAGGGAACAUAAACUCGUAAGUUGCUUAACAUUAGAUGCUUAAGUACUAUCACGUUGGUUAACGGCGUUCUACUCAAUGGAUUGCUGUGCAUAACUUUAGAUUUAUUUUUUUUUUGUAAAUUUUUAAUCACUGAAUCAGCAUCACACCAAAUAAGACUUUCGUCGGCUACUAAGAGAAGACUGUACAUAGCUUUAUAGGGUAAGACUGGAGCAUAGCUCACGAAUAUUAGUAAAAGAAAAGCUUAGACGAAAUGUUCCUUAAUUUGCAGUUGUUUUGGUUGAAGUCACUCGCUAAGAUAUUUCAUUUUAGCUGCUACAGUUUACAUCCGGUCAAGCAAACCUAUAAAAACAAUCUUCAAACAUAUUUUGAAAUAAUUUUUAAAAAAAUAUAUGUUAUUGUCCUUCAAAUUAAAGUUAUAUAAUUUAUUCUCGCAAAACACAUUUGUAAAUGUCAUUGAAUUAAUAUCUUUUUCAACCAAAUUUCGCCGAGUUUUCAUCACUUCAAAGUUUCAGCAAUACAAGAUGAGCAAUUUAAAUUUAAUACAUUUGACAGAUAUUGUUAAUUGAUACUUAAGAAAUCGGAAAUAUAAAAUUGACAACGCAUUUAUCGAUGUUUCAGUAAUCUAGUUUGGAUUACAGAAAAAUCCGUAAUGCGCUGUCAAUUUGACAAUUUCGUUUGCCUAACAACAAAAAGAAUCUGUCAAAUGAAUUUCAUUUAAUUUUCUUAGCUUUCAGUAUCUUAGAUUGCUUAAACUAUCUGCUAAUAAAAAUGUACCAAAAAUUUGAAAACCACCGGCGAAAAAAUAUUUUAUGUGUAUAAAACAUAAUGACGGGUCAGAUUUGCCACAGUAAAAGAAAACCAUAAAAAAAUAUAGGAACUACAUCGAGUAAACUUACCGCUGUUUACUGUUUCGGAUGUACACUGUUGCUACUGAAGGCUGCGUCUUCUGAUUGCCUACCAAAGUUAAUUUUUUUCGCAACUGCUGUACAAUGGAACUUUCGUUCUCCACACUUCUGUACAUUCGAUUUAAAAUUUUCAGAAAAUUUUAAAUUUAACCAAAAAUGAGUAUCCAUCUAGUCAUUCUAUUAGUUAUAAGAUAUAUUCAUUCGAAGAGCUAUUUAAUAAUAUAUUGUCAUUAUUUAUUAUAAAACCUAUCCCACUACCAGUGUAAAGUCUUUCAUUUGCACGAUGUCAUAACAAGACAAACAUUUCCUGCUAGGGUUAGCUAAACAACAAGCACAACGUGUACAGACAAUACUGUUAUGAAAGACAAAUUAAUAGUGAGAUUAUUUACGUUUGCAUUUUUCGUUCUACGGUCAGCUUUUUGGACGUGACAAAAGCACUGUCGCAGGUUCGGGAUUUGCUUUUGCAAUCGAGUGGAAAAUUGUGCCAUAUUAUUACCAUAACAAAACGAGCCGAAAAAAUCAUCAACCUGAACAUGUAUAGGUUUGUAAACAAGGGUUAGGUCUAUUAGUAUUGUCUAAGGUCUAGUCAUCAUUAUUUCACCAACUCUAGUCGAACUUUUAGUCAUUUUUCUUUACUGCCUAUUUAGGUAAAUACUGUACAUUGAUUUGAAAAUUUUAUUUAGAACCUUAAUUUAUUUGUUAGUAGUAAGCUACCAAAAUAAAAAAAACUAGUCAUGCCCUCAAUAAUAUACAGCAAAACUAUAGACAUUUUACCCAUCGACUUGCAAAAAUCAUAAAUCGUCAAUCGCCAAUAUAGCCACACGUUCAUAGAAGCGAAGAUGAAGCUUAUACGGUCUACCGUAAUUUAAGUUUGUAGGGAAAAGAUUAUUGGCCCUAAAUCGACGGAAUGCGUAUAAUUUAACAUCUACAUCUUUGAUUUCUUCGUACAAACCAAUAUAAUAAUAAACAUGACCUGGAGACGGUGAAAUGGUCGUGUUUGAGCACAACAAAAACUCGAUUCGAGGGCCUCAAUGAGUGUCCUACUUCAGAGCGGAAAUGAGCUCAUUACUCUAUGUAGUCAUUGUUAGUUCGACCGAUUGUAAGUUUCACUGUUUCAGUUAAUUCCCGCAAGUCUGUGUAUGAAGUGUCUAUACUUUGCACGGUAACUAUCAUUUUAAUCUAGUCAUUUAUAUUCUGGUCAUAUUCACAUUUCAUAUAUUCUAGUCAUAGUACGCUAUGUCUCGAAUAACCAGCUUUCGUUUGAUCUCUCUGCCAUUAGUCGUAAAAUUAAUAUUUAUUACAUCUCAUUCCAAAUAUUUAGGUUUCUCUAGUCAUCGAAACAAUUCUGGUCAUUAAAUGCACAAAAUUCUAGUCCAACUUAUUCAAUCGUAAGUUUAACAUAUUUAGAAGAUAAUUAAUUAGGUUUUAUGCACAUUGUCCCAUAAUCCACUGCUACAAAUGAGUUCUAAAUGUGUUUAAUAAUUUAACUAUUAUAUGUAACUUAAUUUAUACCAUGUAUGAGUAGUAAAACAAAGUAGAACGCCGUUUGCCGCAGGAAUGAAAACGAACAAUCAUUGUCGCUUAUCUCUUAAGUUUAAAAACAUAGAUCACUAAAUCAUUUAAGAAAAGUGAAAAACAUUACGUUUUAGAUCUAAUAAAAUGAAAUGUGAUAUUAGAUAAGUAAGUUUUUACAAAAGCCGAAUCUUUACACACGUACACUUUUACAUGUUUAAAUACUUGUCUUUAAAAUAGUAAACGCGUACAUAUUUCUAGUAAAUUUUAAGAUUAGUGGUAAAACGAAAAAAAAUAUUUUGUAUCUUUUAUGCCUAAGAGUUUGAAAUAAAUUAUUUAUUAAAGAAACACAAUCAAAUCAAUUGCAAUCACUUCCGUAGAUCUACCUUGCUUCUGAUCAAAUGAACCGGAGGAAGAACC